UUGCGGUUACUGUAAUAUUUUUUCUGAGUGUACAAACACAUCUAAAUCCGCCCUAUCUCGCCACCAGUGUUAAUUCUACAUCGUGGGUCAUACAGAACUUACAGACUAAAGGCUGUAAAAUGUCUGUUGAUCAAUUAAAAACCCAAAUUCAAAAUUUACAAGAUGAACUAAACCGCAUUAAACGAAACGUCAGUAGUGAAGUAGUGGUCACUAGAGAUAAAAUCGAAUCAAUGUCUUCGGAAGUUACAGAUUCUAAUCCGUAUAGCCGUUUGAUGGCUUUGCAAAGAAUGGGUAUAGUGAACAAUUAUGACCGAAUCCGACAACGAAGUGUGGCUAUAGUUGGCGUUGGUGGCGUAGGUAGCGUUACGGCCGAUAUGUUGACUAGGUGUGGUAUUGGUAAACUAAUCUUAUUUGAUUACGAUAAAGUGGAACUAGCGAACAUGAAUCGCUUGUUCUUCACUCCCGAUCAAGCAGGACUAUCAAAAGUUGAUGCAGCAGCUAAAACUCUCAAUUUCAUAAAUCCAGAUGUCGAGAUACUGACCAAUAAUUAUAAUAUUACGACGAUGGAAUUUUUUGUACACUUUGUUCAUGCGAUUCAAACCGGUGGUGUUGAAGAAGGAAAACCAGUUGAUUUAGUUCUUAGUUGUGUAGAUAACUUUGAAGCUCGCAUGGCCAUCAACACGGCUUGCAACGAACUAUCUUUAAAUUGGAUUGAAUCAGGUGUUUCGGAGAAUGCAGUUUCUGGUCAUAUUCAGUUUAUUCGUCCAGGAGAAACUGCUUGUUUUGCAUGUGCUCCUCCAUUAGUAGUAGCUGAAAAUAUCGACGAAAAAACAUUGAAGCGAGAGGGAGUAUGUGCUGCUAGCUUGCCAACUACAAUGGGCAUCGUAGCUGGGAUGUUAGUUCAAAAUACACUAAAAUAUCUACUCAACUUCGGAACAGUAUCUGAUUAUUUGGGUUACAAUGCACUAAUUGAUUUUUUCCCGAAAAUGAUACUAAAACCAAAUCCAACUUGUGACGACCGGUAUUGCAUCGAAAGACAGAAGGAUUUUUCCAAACGCCCAAAAAAAGAACACUCAGAGGUUGUGGUGGAAAAGGAUGAACCUAUUCACGAAGAGAAUCUCUAUGGCAUAGUACUUGUAGAGGAAAAUGAAGCAGACAAAUCUGCAUCGAUUGAUAGUUGCAACCCAAUAAGCGUUGGUUUGAAACAAGUGUUUGAAACUCCUAGUGCGGCGCCACAUUCCAUUACACCUGUUGUAAAUAACGACGACGUUAGUUUGGACGAUUUAAUGGCUCAGAUGAAAGCUAUGUAAAUCAAACGUCAUAUUUAUGAUUUCUAAGAAUGGAUAUACAGGGUGAUUUUUUAAGAGCUUGAGAACUUUUUUAAACAAUAAAACGCAUAAAAUUUGCAAAAUCUCAUCGGUUCUUUAUUUUAAACGUUAGAUUGGUACAUGACAUUUACUUUUUGAAGAUAAUUUCAUUUAAAUGUUGACCGCGGCUGCGUCUUAGGUGGUCCAUUCGGAAAGUCCAAUUUUGGGCAACUUUUUCGAGCAUUUCGGCCGGAAUAGCCCGAAUUUCUUCGGAAAUCUUGUCUUCCAAAGCUGGAAUAGUUACUGGCUUAUUUCUGUAGACUUUAGACUUGACGUAGCCCCACAAAAAAUAGUCUAAAGGCGUCAAAUCGCAUGAUCUUGGUGGCCAACUUACCGGUCCAUUUCUUGAGAUGAAUUGUUCUCCGAAGUUUUCCCUCAAAAUGGCCAUAGAAUCGCGAGCUGUGUGGCAUGUAGCGCCAUCUUGUUGAAACCACAUGUCAACCAAGUUCAGUUCUUCCAUUUUUGGCAACCAAAAGUUUGUUAGCAUCGAACGAUAGCGAUCGCCAUUCACUGUAACGUUGCGUCCAACAGCAUCUUUGAAAAAAUACGGUCCAAUGAUUCCACCAGCGUACAAACCACACCAAACAGUGCAUUUUUCGGGAUGCAUGGGCAGUUCUUGAACGGCUUCUGGUUGCUCUUCACUCCAAAUGCGGCAAUUUUGCUUAUUUACGUAGCCAUUCAACCAGAAAUGAGCCUCAUCGCUGAACAAAAUUUGUCGAUAAAAAAGCGGACUUUCCGAAUGGACCACCUAAGACGCAGCCGCGGUCAACAUUUAAAUGAAAUUAUCUUCAAAAAGUAA